AUGCAUCGAUGCCUAAGUUUUGGCGAUCCUCCCUGUGAUGUCGCCAAUAUCCGCUCAGCUACCUCAAUUGUGGAGAGGGAUACGUACUCAGUCUUGACCCUCACCAUUCUGGUGAUGCCGAGGGCAGAUGCGACAGUCAACUCCUCGUCGCUACACAUUGUAGAGUCCAUUCACGCAGACAUCAACCUCAAACACUUGAACACGAUGGCGACAACUGAAGUUGACUCGCGCCUCAAAGACUUCGAUCUUCAAGGUUUCCAUCAAAUCAUUGCUAUCUCCCAAGAUAAAAUCAAUGAUAAUCUCAGAGUCCGGUUUGAUCCUGAGCUCCAACCCGAACUUGUCUCUUUCAAGCAUGAGCUUCCUCAAAUGGGAGUUUCAGAGGCAACGCUCGACCCCCCGAACAUCGAGGUGUGCACUGAAAGCGAUACGGAAACCAAACGUUCGAGGUUAUUCCUAAACUUCAAGACCGGCAGUUACAAGUACAAGGCGACCGUUGAGGCAGGAGGCGUUGAAACGGUUGCCAUCGACGGCUGGAAAGUUCCGUUCUUCGUCGCUUAUGACGAGAAGACGCUGGCCAAGCCCCCCGACAGCAGCCAUCCGGACUUGAAGUCGAAAUGGGCCAAGUUGGAACCCGGAAAGUACAGCCUGAGUCGCAUCAUCAUGUUUCUCGGCUCGGCACCUCUCUCUUCCCUCGACUGGGACCACGCCCAUUGUCCUGGUCUCAGCCAAGAGAAUGACCCAUAUGGCAUGAAGAAGAUGUUCUUCAGAAUGUUCCUUGAAGCAUACUUGUCCAGUCUACAAAAGAACCCAGACGCUCUCACCCUUGGAUACACGAUCAAAGAGGCGGCACCUGACCCCACGGACAAGGCGCCCACGUUCUCUCCAACCGCUGUGAAGAUUCAAAACUACAAAUACCAACCUUGUUCCGACACGCAGCAAACCAUCAAUGGGAAGGCUAUCCCUCCAAACUCCCGUGACGCCUUUGUGUUCAUGGAGAUGACCGGAGGAGCUGAUAUCCCGCAUGAUGAGCUGCAGAGAAAGGGCAAUCUCAUCAUUGGCGACAUGUCGGGCGCACUUGUUUUCAGCAAAGAACUCUUUUUCAACAAGUAUCUGGUAGAGAAUGCUCUCAGCAGUGUCAACGUCCGCUUGUUCGACAUGGCGAAUGAUCUGAUGAAGUGGGUUGAUGGAGGAGGCUGGGAUUCGGACUGGUUGCUUACCAACGGGUCAAGAGCCGAAGCCAUUCCGGCUGCCAAGUGGACGAUUGACGGGUCCAAGGCCAAGCUGAGUUGGAAGGGGGAGAAGUCGUACAAUGGGUGGGGUAUCAACCGUUCUACUGACACUUCGAUCGACACAGAGCUGUUCACUGAACCACGGGCAAACAAGAUCACCAUCACGUCGAAGAUGAAGCUGGGUGCCUUGGAGACCGUAUCAUCUGGGCACGUGGGCGGUGGCGGGUACAGUAGAGGAACGGACGGGAAAGUGAACCUCAUAAUUGAGUUCACCAUCUUGGCGGACGAGGACGGCACGCUUCACGUAGAGCCGAAAGAGACGAUCGAGCCCAUCCAUGUGGGUGACAGCAGAGACAACAAUAUUCUCAAGCUUAUCUUUGGCAAGCAAAGCCAUGAGGUUAGUGACUUCAUCAAGGGCAGGUUGCAGAACGUUGUCCAGACAAAGCACAUUGGCGACGCGAUUGCUGCGGAUCUCAACGAGAAGAAGCAGCUCGUGUUUCCGGGUUCGGGAACGUUCAGCUACAAGGAUCCAAAGUUCUCGGAUGCUGGCGAUCUUUUGAUCACGCUGGACUUGGUUGGGAAGGAGAUUGAGAAGAAUAAGAGGUUGGUUUCUGUCAUCUAG